AUGAAUUAUCCGGAGAAAAUUUUACAAACGCUGGUAAACUGUAUGAGCACACCUAAUGUGUUAUCUACUUUUUUUCCCGGUCUUUCCAUAAGCUUGAUAUCUUGGAUCAAGAAAAAAGCAAAAGAGGAUAUGAUUCCUUACUUUGACUAUUUCUUCAAGAAGAGUUCCCUUUCAAGUACACCAAUUAAAGAGGUUUUUGAAGAAGACCCUUCUCUUUAUGAACAUAUCAAAAAGAAAAGAACAAUUCCUAUUGAGAAACAGAUACAAGAACCUAUCAUUGAUGAGGUAGUUCUCGAGGAAAAAGAUGCGCAAUCUGCUGAGCAAGGGUUUAUCAUACCUGAAGAAAAACUAAAGCAGUUAACUAAAGACGAAACUGUCACUCAUGAAGCAACUUUUCAAGAAAGGUCUUCUUAUCAAUCGUCUGCUAAAGAAAGAUUUACCAUUGCUGCAAAAAAAUAUCCCAAUAAUAAGCACUUUAAAAGUAUUCUUGUCAACCCCCCCCCUCUCUCUCUCUCAGAGACAAUUACACCAAAAGAGUUAGUGGUGCAUAAACGAAAAAAUUCUGAUGCUUCUGAAGAAAACGUUUCUUUCCAUGGUCAUAAUUCAUAA